AUCAGUUGUCAUCGCUAUGUCCGUGUUGUGGAUGUGAUUUUUGUAUUUUAUUGUUUACUAGGCAUUUUUAUUACUUUACGCUUUUAUUAUAUACGUCAACGCUUCUUCGGCGUGUUCUUGGAUAAUCAAUUCAUAAACCCACAUUCCUAUUGGAAAUGAUAUGGGUAUGUGGCGCGCGUAACGGAUGUAUUGUGUCUCACAUCCCUUUACCAUAAAUGUGAGGUAACGUUCGUUCCCUAUGUGAUGCUAUUGCAAAUAAGUGCUGGUUAACGUAGGAAGAUGCCUUUCAAGCUAAAGUUGAAAAAGACGCGACAGUACAAUGUAGCAUCAAAGAGUUUGUUCGUGAUAAGUGUGGAACUGCUGGACGGCGGUGUAGCUGACUGUACGCUGUCAGUGGACAGUUCAGGGUCAGAAUGCCUCGACAAUGUGUGCCAGCGACAGUCCAUACAGCAGUCGCAGUUCUUCGGGCUGCGGUACCUGAAUCGGAACUGCCAACCGCGCUGGGUCCAGUUAGAAAGGCCCCUGAAGCGACAGUUGGACAAGUACGCCUCCACUCACCAGCUGUACCUACGAGUGAUGUACUAUAUCAUAUCAGGUACAAGCUUGAUCAACGAUGAGGUGACCAGAUACCAUUAUUUCUUGCAACUGAAGAAUGACUUGGUUGAAGGGCGUAUAUCCUGUGAUUGCCAGCAAGCAGUGGUGCUGGCUUCAUAUAGCAGGCAAGCUGAGUAUGGUAACCAUGACCGGGAACGACACACUGUGGAAUACUUGAAGAAUUUGUUGACAUUUCCGAAGCAGAUCCACGAUGGCAAUCAAAUAAUAGACCUGAGUAACCGGCCUGAGCCUGGAGUGUUGGAGAGACUGACCAGUGCUGUCAUACAACAUCAUAUGACUUUACAUAACAUGUCACAGGCGCAAGCGGAAGAAGGCUUCAUCACGACCUGCCAGCAGCUGCCGGGGUACGGCCAGGAGACGUUCAGCGCACGAGACGAGCGCAACCAGAAGGAAGUGACCCUCGCCAUAUCGAUAACUGGCAUCCGGGUGAUCACGGACAGCAGUGACACCACGAAGUAUUACAGAUGGAUGGAUAUCACGAACGUGAUAAACCACAAGCGUACCUUCAGCAUCGAGUGCCAGAAGGCGGAGUCGGCGUCGUUCACGCUGUGGAGCCCCGAGGACGGCAAGUACGUGUGGCGGAUGUGCAUCCAGCAACACACCUUCUACAUGCAGCACCAGGGCGCGCUCGGCGAGCAUCAGCAGGUCACGCACGAGGAGCACAGGCCCAAGUUCCAGGAUCAUGGGCUGUCGGACAGCCGCGAAGAGCUGGACGUGCGCGACGGCGGCAGCGUGUCGCGGCUCGAGCCGCUGACCGCCGCGCACCGCGCCCACUCCACCUCGUGCCUCGAGCUCGCCGACCAGCAGCGGCCGCAGCUGCUGCACAGGAACAGAGCGCUGCUACCUUCGUACCGCCCGGCGCCGGAUUACGAGACUGCCAUCCAGCAAAAGUAUCAGCAACAGAGAACUGAUGCCCAGCUGAGGUACCAGAAUCACCCACACUCGCAGGUCAACAUCAACGCUAAGCCAUUGGUGUACGGCUCGCACCCCGACAUACACCGCAUACACUACCCCGACGUCACCAGGCACACGGUCUCGGUGAACCAGGGGGUGUCGCCCUCCGAGGAGUAUCCCUACGGCAUCAAGUUGAUGGGCAACUACCCCUUCGCCAUUAACCCCAAUGUCCAGACCGAGAGAAACCCGCAACUCCACUACGUCAACGUCUACAAACCACCUCCACCGUACCCCUCGAACGGUCUAGCCUCGAACUCCACCCCGGACCUGGCGGUCGCGAGCCAAGCUCUCAAUUAUCAUAGAGGAUACAUUAAUUCCCAUGUAUCUGGCUCCAGUCCGGACCUAGUUUCGACCAGAACAGCUUUAAACCGCCAGUACUUGGGAUACCUCAACACCGGCAGUCACAACGUGGUCAACUACGGCCGACCGAACUUAAUUCCACCCACGCACGGCACGUACAACAACCUCGCGUCCGUGCUAGAGCCCAACCCCCACAUAAUCAUAGAUCCUCACCACAUAUCCGAUAACAUACAGAAGGUGUACGAUGAGAGAGGUAAUAUUAUGUACUCGAUGCCGCUACACCGGCUACCCUACCAGAGGCAUCUAGUGAUGCCCCAGCAGGUCGGCAAAGUGAGCGAUACCCAGGAGCCGAUAUACGAGAACGUGCCACUGCCGUGGCGGAACGAGCACGGCAAGAUAACUUUCCGAGACCGGGCGCAGAGCCUCACCACGACGGACGAGAUCGCGCGCCUCAACGAGCGGAACAGCAGUCACCCCACCAUAAACAGCUACGGCGUGCCGCAGCCGAACCUGACCGUGUCAAACUACCCGCAUGUGCCAAUAAAAAUCGAGAACCCUGACAGUCACUACGUUAACGCGCAGGUCAUAAAGGGCGUAAGGGAAUCGAGCUUGCCCAAAGACUUGAACGCAUCUAGUCGAUCGAUCAACAAGCCCGACUCUGAAUUGGAGAACAUUGCGUUAUCAGCGGAACGGUUGUCGCUGCGGCACGACGAGAAGGAGUACGACGAGACGCCAUACACGAGCCUCUCCACCCACAAGGUGUCGAAUAAUAACACGAUAAGCCGCACGGCAGACAACGUGACGUCUGUGAGCGUGGCGGACCACAACGCGAACUUGUCGCGGGCGAGCGGCGCCGACAGUGCUCUAUCGAGUUCCAUCAUGAACUCGACCUACAGCACGAGCAUCGAGCUGGACAGUAGCAACACGAAGAACGCGAGCGUCAGCAGCAAGGAGAAGAAGCGGCGGCGGUGGGGCGUGUUCAUGGGGCGGGCCGCCAAGACGACGGAGGUGAAGAGCGCGACGCUUGGCCGCGACCGUGCCAAGCCCAGCGCUGGGCAGCCGCACAACAAGCACCGCUGGUCCACCGGCCUGCCCAAGUUCCAGCCGCUACCCCCCAGUAUUACCAAAGAAACAUUGUGCCAGCUGUUAGAGCGCAAAAUGUCAGACGAGCAGCUGUCGUUCGCAUUCGAGCAGAUCCCCAAGGGACGGGAGAAUGGCGGCGAGUGCCGCGCGGCGCUGGAGAGCGGCGGCCGCGGCGAGCGGUUGCCGUACGACGACAACCGCGUCCGGCUGCACCCCACCGCCGCCAACCCGCAUGGCUACAUCAACGCUUCGCACAUUACCAUGACCGUCGGCAGCACGCAGCAGUUCUACGUAGUGGCUAAAGUGGGCGCGGAAGGACCGAGCGGCGGCACGGAGGGGCUUGCGGAGAGUGCGCUGGUGUGGGAGUGCGCGUGGCAGGUGGGCGCGCGGCUGCUGGCGCUCGUGGGGCCCGCCGCGCCCCGCUACCUGCCGCCCGCCGCCGCGCCCGCCCUCUACGGACAGGUACAGCACGCAGCACGCAGCACGCAGCACGCAGCACGCAGCACAGACCACCACUCGCACGCUGGUGUGGGAGUGCGCGUGGCAGGUGGGCGCGCGGCUGCUGGCGCUCGUGGGGCCCGCCGCGCCCCGCUACCUGCCGCCCGCCGCCGCGCCCGCCCUCUACGGACAGGUACAGCACGCAGCACGCAGCACGCAGCACAGACCACCACUCGCACGCUGGUGUGGGAGUGCGCGUGGCAGGUGGGCGCGCGGCUGCUGGCGCUCGUGGGGCCCGCCGCGCCCCGCUACCUGCCGCCCGCCGCCGCGCCCGCCCUCUACGGACAGGUACAGCACGCAGCACGCAGCACGCAGCACGCAGCACGCAGCACAGACCACCACUCGCACGCUGGUGUGGGAGUGCGCGUGGCAGGUGGGCGCGCGGCUGCUGGCGCUCGUGGGGCCCGCCGCGCCCCGCUACCUGCCGCCCGCCGCCGCGCCCGCCCUCUACGGACAGGUACAGCACGCAGCACGCAGCACGCAGCACGCAGCACGCAGCACAGACCACCACUCGCACGCUGGUGUGGGAGUGCGCGUGGCAGGUGGGCGCGCGGCUGCUGGCGCUCGUGGGGCCCGCCGCGCCCCGCUACCUGCCGCCCGCCGCCGCGCCCGCCCUCUACGGACAGGUACAGCACGCAGCACGCAGCACGCAGCACGCAGCACGCAGCACAGACCACCACUCGCACGCUGGUGUGGGAGUGCGCGUGGCAGGUGGGCGCGCGGCUGCUGGCGCUCGUGGGGCCCGCCGCGCCCCGCUACCUGCCGCCCGCCGCCGCGCCCGCCCUCUACGGACAGGUACAGCACGCAGCACGCAGCACGCAGCACGCAGCACGCAGCACAGACCACCACUCGCACGCUGGUGUGGGAGUGCGCGUGGCAGGUGGGCGCGCGGCUGCUGGCGCUCGUGGGGCCCGCCGCGCCCCGCUACCUGCCGCCCGCCGCCGCGCCCGCCCUCUACGGACAGGUACAGCACGCAGCACGCAGCACGCAGCACGCAGCACGCAGCACAGACCACCACUCGCACGCUGGUGUGGGAGUGCGCGUGGCAGGUGGGCGCGCGGCUGCUGGCGCUCGUGGGGCCCGCCGCGCCCCGCUACCUGCCGCCCGCCGCCGCGCCCGCCCUCUACGGACAGGUACAGCACGCAGCACGCAGCACGCAGCACGCAGCACGCAGCACAGACCACCACUCGCACGCUGGUGUGGGAGUGCGCGUGGCAGGUGGGCGCGCGGCUGCUGGCGCUCGUGGGGCCCGCCGCGCCCCGCUACCUGCCGCCCGCCGCCGCGCCCGCCCUCUACGGACAGGUACAGCACGCAGCACGCAGCACGCAGCACGCAGCACGCAGCACAGACCACCACUCGCACGCUGGUGUGGGAGUGCGCGUGGCAGGUGGGCGCGCGGCUGCUGGCGCUCGUGGGGCCCGCCGCGCCCCGCUACCUGCCGCCCGCCGCCGCGCCCGCCCUCUACGGACAGGUACAGCACGCAGCACGCAGCACGCAGCACGCAGCACGCAGCACAGACCACCACUCGCACGCUGGUGUGGGAGUGCGCGUGGCAGGUGGGCGCGCGGCUGCUGGCGCUCGUGGGGCCCGCCGCGCCCCGCUACCUGCCGCCCGCCGCCGCGCCCGCCCUCUACGGACAGGUACAGCACGCAGCACGCAGCACGCAGCACGCAGCACGCAGCACAGACCACCACUCGCACGCUGGUGUGGGAGUGCGCGUGGCAGGUGGGCGCGCGGCUGCUGGCGCUCGUGGGGCCCGCCGCGCCCCGCUACCUGCCGCCCGCCGCCGCGCCCGCCCUCUACGGACAGGUACAGCACGCAGCACGCAGCACGCAGCACGCAGCACGCAGCACAGACCACCACUCGCACGCUGGUGUGGGAGUGCGCGUGGCAGGUGGGCGCGCGGCUGCUGGCGCUCGUGGGGCCCGCCGCGCCCCGCUACCUGCCGCCCGCCGCCGCGCCCGCCCUCUACGGACAGGUACAGCACGCAGCACGCAGCACGCAGCACGCAGCACGCAGCACAGACCACCACUCGCACGCUGGUGUGGGAGUGCGCGUGGCAGGUGGGCGCGCGGCUGCUGGCGCUCGUGGGGCCCGCCGCGCCCCGCUACCUGCCGCCCGCCGCCGCGCCCGCCCUCUACGGACAGGUACAGCACGCAGCACGCAGCACGCAGCACGCAGCACGCAGCACAGACCACCACUCGCACGCUGGUGUGGGAGUGCGCGUGGCAGGUGGGCGCGCGGCUGCUGGCGCUCGUGGGGCCCGCCGCGCCCCGCUACCUGCCGCCCGCCGCCGCGCCCGCCCUCUACGGACAGGUACAGCACGCAGCACGCAGCACGCAGCACAGACCACCACUCGCACGCUGGUGUGGGAGUGCGCGUGGCAGGUGGGCGCGCGGCUGCUGGCGCUCGUGGGGCCCGCCGCGCCCCGCUACCUGCCGCCCGCCGCCGCGCCCGCCCUCUACGGACAGGUACAGCACGCAGCACGCAGCACGCAGCACGCAGCACGCAGCACAGACCACCACUCGCACGCUGGUGUGGGAGUGCGCGUGGCAGGUGGGCGCGCGGCUGCUGGCGCUCGUGGGGCCCGCCGCGCCCCGCUACCUGCCGCCCGCCGCCGCGCCCGCCCUCUACGGACAGUUCCACGUGUGCACGGGCCGCGAGUCGCUGGCGGCGUGGGGCAGCUCGGUGCGCGUGCGCGUGCGGCGCGGCGGCGCGGGCGCGGCGGGCCGCACGCGCCACCUGUGGCACGUGCACUUCCGCGCCUGGCACUCGCCGCACCACGCGCCUGACGUCGACCACUUUCUCGAGUUCAUAUCUGAGCUGAACAGCCUGCGGCUGGCGAGCGAGGAGGAGGCGCAGGCGGAGCGGUCGCCGGUGGCGUCGCGCAACGCGCCGCUCGCGUUCGUGUGCGCGCGCGGCGCCGGCCGCAGCGGCACCGCGCUCGCCGCGCACCUGCUGCUGCACGUGCUCGACAACAACCAGGAGUUGGACAUCCCCCGAACGAUCGGUCUCCUGCAUCAGCAGCGGGCCAACCUCAUCGAGAACGUCCAGCAAUACAAGUUCAUCCACCAGGUGUUGCUCCAGUACCUCAAGCAGUCGCGGCUCAUAUAGUCCGCGCUGCCGUCAGUACGUAUUAUAUAUAUAUAGACAGAGAUAUUGUUUUAUACAUAAUCAAAGACGAGAAUCUUUCCUUAUUGAAUAAUUUGCUGAGGAAAUCCAUCUCAUUGACUACUUAAAUAAUACCAUAGACAACAUGCCUAUAGUGUAGCACUCGAGAAAUUUCUCAAAAUCGCAUAGUAGAGUCAGCAAAAAAAAUUAAUAUGUCUAGAUUUUCGAAAAUAAUCUGAUUAGUGUGGAAAAGUCAAAAUUAACUGUUGGUGCUCAAGUUUGAGAAUCUGGACGUGCUCAUCAACUUUAUUUGCUGACUAUGACACUUAUGAUUAGGGUGGUUAUUUGGCAUUGUUGUAAAGAAUAAUGCAUCUUCACGCCAAAUCCUUCGAUGGAUAAGCAGAACGUAGUGCCAAAGGCUUUUACUUCCUUACAUCUCUUGUGUUCAUUCAAAUUUCAAUUCUUCCAUAACUCCCCUUUCGUCAUACAUACAUACAUACCGGUUUUAGAGACUUGACCCUUUCAGAUAGCACACUAUGGUCUAUACAUGAUUAUUAUUUAUUUAUUUUUAUUAUUAUAUUAUUAUAAUAUAAAAUAUACAUUUUUAUUCUAUUUUUCAUUUUUUAUAUUAUUAAUAUCUGAAUAUUUCUAAUUAAUAAAUAGAAUCCAAAAUUAUUCAUAUCUAUUUUUUCUAACAUUUAUUUUUUUUAUAUAAUUUAGAAUAAUAACACAAUUCAUCACCUAACCACUAUCAUCAUACCUUUAACUGUCCACUGCUGAACUUAAGCCUCCUCUUUGAGGGUUCUUUACCAGUAGUUGCCACGCUUGGCAGGCGGAUUGGCAACCGCAGUUAGGCUUUGGAGAUGUUUUAAGAGGGACACUGUUACCCAACUCUCGUCCUCCCUUAGUCCCUUAUCACCUAAUAAUUAUCACUAAUUCGUUUGUAUAUUUGUCAUUAUAACUCGUCAUGCUGAGCAUAGCCCUACCCCAUAGACUGCCAUGUAGGAAUAGGAAGGAAGGAAGGGAGUAGAAAUGGUCCCUAGCCACCUAUUGUAUAGCCAGUAAAUAUAUAUAUAUAUAUAUAUAUAUAUAUAUAUAUAUAUAUAUAUAUAUAUAUAUAUAUAUACUGGCUUAUAUAUAUAUAUAUAUUUUUACCUUUAAUUAUUUAACUAUAUUAUUUUUUUUUUAAUAUAUUCGUAACCCAAUGACGACCAUAGCAACUGUGCAAACGAAAAAAAAAAAUAUUGUAUGCUUAACUCUGUAAAACCAAAAUGUUGGCACUCAGCUAUAAACUGUGUCCUUCGCAAAGCAUAUCUAAUGCUGCAUGCAUCCAAUUUUCAUGUUUGAAUUUUCACAAUGAAUUCAGUGUCAUUAUUUUCUUUAUAUAUAU